ACAGUUGUAGAGUCAAGUCAGCACAAGUUCGGUGGAGCCCAUUAAACUGUCCUUGCAGAAUGAGAAGGGCGAGAGAGGCGGACAGCUGUUUCAUUCGAGGGAACCUGGUGGAUCACCAGCUGGAUUGCUUUCCAAACAUCGCAGGCUGACUGCACCUUUCACUGCCCCGAACCGCAGACGCACUCAGCAUGGAUACGCCGGAAGCCUUCUUCGAUGGCGGCAAUGAAAUGAUGUCUGGAGGGAGGGGCAAGUCAGCUCUGAUUUGGCCACAAUGCCCUCUGGCUGGGAGCAGCCAGAAAGUCAGAGAGGACAAUGGGAAACCCGACUCCAGACGAGCCACUGACUUCAGCGUGAUCUACGGCAAAGAUCUGCUUCCCGACCGUGAUGGCGAGGAACUGACCCAAGGUUUCCUCCAAGCCCUGGUGAACAUCCUCCUCGCACACGUCAAGACGACCUUUGACCGGAGCACCAAAGUGCUCGACUUCCAUCACCCUCACCAGCUCAAGGAAGGCCUGGAAGGGUUCAGCCUAGAACUUCCAGAGCAUCCUGAGAACCUGGAGCAGCUGUUGGUGGACUGUAGAGACACGCUGAAGUAUGGAGUGAAAACUGGUCACCCGCGCUACUUCAAUCAGCUCUCGUCGGGGCUGGAUGUCGUCGGCCUGGCAGGCGAGUGGGUGACAUCAGCGGCCAACACCAACAUGUUCACUUUUGAAAUCUCCCCAGUAUUUAUCCUCAUGGAGGAGGUCCUUCUGAAGAAGAUGCGAGAGAAAGUGGGCUGGGCGCAUGGGGAAGGAGACGGAAUCUUCUGUCCUGGUGGUUCCAUGUCCAACCUGUACAGCAUCUUGGUGGCUCGGUACAGGUACUUCCCGAAGACGAAGACACAGGGGAUGGCAUGUGCUCCAAGACUGGCCCUCUUUACGUCUGAGCAUAGCCACUAUUCGAUCAGAAAGGCUGCUGGUGUCCUGGGAAUUGGAACCGAGAAUGUUUUUUUGGUAAAAUGUGACAAGAGAGGGAAGAUGAUCGUUUCUGACCUAGAAUCCAGCAUCGCAAGAGCAAUGACUGGGGGAUGGGUCCCCUUUUACGUCAAUGCCACGGCCGGCACCACCGUGUAUGGGGCCUUUGAUCCUCUCCCGGGAAUCGCCGACGUCUGCGAGAGACAUGGGCUCUGGAUGCACGUUGACGCCGCAUGGGGGGGAGGUCUCCUCCUGUCCAGGAGACAUGCUGGGAAACUGCGAGGGAUCGAGAGGGCUACCUCUGUCACAUGGAAUCCCCACAAACUGAUGGGCGUUCCCCUGCAGUGCUCGGCCAUACUGCUGAGACAGAAGGGGCUUCUGCAGGAGUGCAACCAGCUCUGCGCGGAAUACCUCUUCCAGCCAGACAAGCACUACGACAUCACAUACGACACGGGGGACAAGUCGAUCCAGUGCGGACGGCACGUCGAUGUCUUCAAACUCUGGCUGAUGUGGAAAGCCAAGGGGUCCGAAGGCUUUGGAUCUCAGGUCAACUGGUGCUUGGAGAAUGCAGAGUACCUGUUCAAUAAGCUGGAAAAAAGGACCGACUUUGAACUAGUCUGUAAAACUAAACCCGAACACAGCAAUGUUUGCUUCUGGUACCUUCCGCCAAGUAUAAGAACAAUGGCCCGAGGACCACAGAGGGACAGCCGCCUACACGAGAUCGCCCCCAAGAUAAAAGCCGCCAUGAUGGAAGAUGGGAUGCUUCUGAUCGGAUACCAGCCACUGGGAGAGAAGCCCAACUUUUUCCGAUGCGUCUUCUCCAACCCGGCCACCAGCAAAGAGGAUGUGGACUUUUUGAUAGACGGGAUCGUGAGACUGGGAUGUGCCCUUUGAAGGAUGUGUGUGCGGCAAACGUGCGGGAAGGAAAUCAGUCAUAGAAACACUGAAAAAACAUGGGUACAUACAUGGGAUGUGGCUGCGGUAUUUUUCCAUUUUCCAUUACUGCUUAGCAUGUUUUUCCUCCGGAGUCAUUAUCAUCAGAUUCAUUCAUUGGCAGAAAGGCCUGUCCUUUUCGGCCGAGUUUCAUCCCAUACUUCAGACGAGCACAAAAGCCCUUUUCAAGUCCGCUUUCACAAAAGAGACCAUUAUGGAUGAAGCUCUCAUGGUCACAGGAAGAUUAAACACAUUAGGGUGACUCCCAUGAAAGCAGGACAGAAUAAUCCAUUGAGAGAAUAGCUUUCUAAUGGUUUUGAUGAGUUACAGGGUGGCCUCGCUCCCCUGAGGGGUGUGCUGUGGGCUCUUACCCCCCCGGUCCUGCGUGUGACUCUAUAUGUCCCUCCCUGCAUUUCCCUGGUUUUUACCACAGCUACUCUAUUGUCCUGUUACCUACACACAAAGGCUGGGUGUGGAAUUUCUGGGUCAGAUCGGCACGCUACAUGUCAGGCUCGCCACGAUGGAUCCAUGACUUUGUGAUAUUAUAUCUGAGACAUUGGCUAGCUACUACAGGCAUAAUGUUUGUGCAGUAGCUUGUGAGUACAAAGAAAGAAAAUGCAGAUACAGGGGGGGGUGCAAAAUAGUAGAGGCCAGUAAAUGUAUCCGUACAAGCCUCUUUACACUGGGUCUGGGGGGGAGGGGGGGUAUGGUGCUACAGGACAUAUAUAUUUAUACAUAUUUAUACACAUAUAUUCGCCGACCAAUGAAAACUAGAUGUCCACUUUCUGACGAUGCUCAUUAGGUUGGACUGAACGUUCUCCAGCCUUUCUUCUCUACAAUCCCUCUGAGUAUGGUUCUUCAGCUGUACGCCUGAUCCUCAGCUGAUCAUCUUGAUCAGCAGAUUGAGGUGCUUGCCUUGAGCAUGAAAGUGUAAAUAAAGGCAUCCUGCUUUAGCUCCGGACUUGGGAAGGUGAUACCUAUUAUACUAUUAAAGAGAGGAACACAUGCAUGUGUAAUUAGGGGCAUUGCCUGAAUCCCUGCCAUUCAAUCACAUGCAUCUGUCCUAAGAUCCAAGAUCUGCAGACUGACUUUCUUUUUCUUGCCUUGGACACACUUGGAUACACUUGGAGACGCGGUAAAUGGAGUGAGACAGUGUGUUUGUGUGUGCGCUGGCACUCCGCACAUAUGAAUUCUCCAUAACACUGUUAUCUCACCAUCUGCUACCUCGGCCGAACAGUCCACAGCCCAAACUCUAAAUGAAAAUAGCCAGAGAAGCCGGAUAAUCCCAGGGAUGCAUCCACACAUCUGCGGGAGACAAUAACAGGUCACCACACCCACUGGAAAGGGAUCCUCUUCUUCCUCUCUUAUUCCUUAACAUCUUCUCUCUCCCAGGAAAAGCAUUUAGUGACUUUAAACAGUUAAACAUUUAACAGCAUUACAUGGAGAGCAUUUUAGGGGAGGAGGCACAAGUACUAUAAUAAUAUGGGUCCUACUAAUGUAUUAAAUAAUCACAAACUGAGUCUUACUUACAUAAGUUGUGUUUUUUCAUCACUAAUGAAUCAUGACAUCAUUCUGGAUAAGUUGCUGUAUUUGUUAUUAUAUCUGUUAAUUGCGCAAACUUUUUUGAACUAUUGAAGGAACAAGUAAUGUAUAAGUUAAA